UCCUCUCUCCCAAGUAUCAAUCACGAACUUGAUCUACGAAUGUGUGCGAUUUCGUUAUUUUUCUUGUUAAAUUUAUCGCUCCCUCGUGCACUGAAUUCAAGAUAAUGAAGCGGAUACUCAGGACUUUAAACAACUAAAAGUUCAUCAUGUUAUUAACGCUCGUUUAAAGGAAUGUGUUUUAGCGGGCCACGCCGGAAUGCUAUUCGUGCGGUAAAAGGUUCUUUCUAUUCUUCCGUGAUAAGUACAAACUUUUCUCAAUUUUCUGUAAGGUACUUGUCACCUCUAGCUCUCGAAAAUUUAGUGCAUACUCAUUAGGAUCGUCUAAAUGCCUGCACCCUAAGUGUGAAUCAACACCGUUCAUAAGCCAUGUCGCUGGUACCUGUCAACAAGCGAAGAGACACUAUUGACAGUGCAACGUUCAAUUGUGAAAGAUGUCUUCGUAGCAACAAGACCAACACUGUCAAGCAAUAUUAUGUGAACUUGAACACAACAGUUAGCAUGUGCACCAUUUGCAAGGGCUCAUACUUAAAGGAAAAUGAAGUCAUUGUCAAUCAGUCUGUUCAAAGAUCAGUGUCUCUUCAGAGCUUUCAAAAAUCAUCAAUUCUACCUUUUCUCCUAAAAGAAGCACCUGACAAAAAUUUCACGGAACAGGAAGCCAAGGAAAUAUUAGAUUCAGCCUUUCAAAGCUACAAACGAUCACGAAUGCGAGAAGAUGCCAAGCUGAAUGACUUCUUUGCCCUCGUGAGUCAACUCCUCCCCAGUCAUGCAAGUCACUUCCCCACCCAUAACCCAGGCACUGUAGCAACAGUGGAGGCUAAUGAAUUGAAAAACAAUGACAAAGAGGAUGUUUUCUACUUUAGUAAUGGCUCAUUGUUGCCUAAAGCUGAAGUAACAGAUGAUGACAUUGAGGCAGCAAUAACUGCCCUAUCCUGCAACAACCGUAACUCACCACAAAUAAAUUAUGAUGACCUUCGAGAUAUUGAUUCAUUCCUAGAAUAUUCAGCGAAACUCGAAGAAACGCUGCCUAUUUUAGGUGGUGAACACCUUGAUUCACCCAUUUACCUGAAUAAAAUUGACCAAGCUCUCAGUGACAUAAACAAUACUAAUAAUGCUAUUAAGAUCAGUGUCAAUAUGGAGGAAUUGCAAAAACGUUUGGCACCUCCAGUAGCAGAAACUCCCAGCAAGAUAGAUGAACACAGAGUGAAAAAAGUGGGAAGAUUCCUAGCCAAAACUAGCGUCCGACCACGUGACUUGCUCCAUAAAGCUCAUGGGCUGCACGUAUGGAAAGAAGGAAACGGGAAAUUGCCUCUCUCGAAAUUGAGUAAGAGCCUCGGUAAAAUAACUUCGGCUGCCAAAAAUGAAAUUGUCAGCAGUCUGAAGGUUAAACCAGACAUUUCCUCUGCUUCAAAUAAGGGUAAGAAAAAGGGUAAGCGUGGAAGUAAAGAUGCUAGUGGUUUCUCGUGGCCACAUGAUUUUGACCAAGACUUUACGUCGCAGCCAAAUGAUGAACCUAAUGCAGAAAACUGGAAGAUGUUCAAAGGAUUUGAAUUCACGGAAUUCAAAACUGAAGCCCUUGCGAAUCAAUGCAGGAGCAGAGGAAAACCAAAGAAAAAGAUUGACCCCAAAAGGAAAAGUGCUACAAUGAUUCUUUAUGAAAAGCUCAAGGAAAGGAAUAAGGUGUCCUAGCAUUUUAUGGUGCAUGACUUAUUCACCACCUCAGGGAAAAAACUGAUCUCUUUUUUUUUUAUUUCUUAGACUAAUUUUUGUUAAAUUUUUAAUAAACCGUUUUACUUUGUCAUAUA